GGGCUGGCGCCCGACGAGCGCAGCCUGUGGGUGUCGCGCGUGGCCCAGAUCGCUGUGCUCUGCGUGCUGUCGCUCACCGUGGUCUUCGGCGUGUUCUUCCUGGGCUGCAACCUGCUCAUCAAGUCGGAGAGCAUGAUCAACUUUCUGGUGCAGGAGCGCCGGCCUUCCAAGGACGUGGGCGCCGCCAUCCUGGGGCUGUACUGA